CGUCUAAAAGGCGUGAAUGAUAGUAGUAGUAUGUGGGGGAGGAGUGGUCCCAAUCACAAAUCGUGUGCCAUAUGGCGAUGCCUAUCUUUUCUUCUUCAACUCUCCUCCAAAUGUCUGCAACCGCCGCUGUAACUUCUGUUUCCGCCGCCCACAUACUCAACCUCAAUCACUCCAUUGUUUCGCUUAAUGCCAAUAGAAAGUCAAUUAGUGCUUCAUCCUCCUCCUUCAUUAGCAGAUAUUCAUUCAACUGUGACGUUUCUAGAACCUUCCAGAGGAGAAUCUCUUAUCCGAUUAGACCUCUCUCUCCUGUCAUGGAAUGGCAAGAUUGCACGGUGAAAAGGGAAGUAGAUGUGCCAAUUUCAGUUGCUUAUAAGUGCUAUUCUGAUCGUGAGGCCAUUCCUGAAUGGAUGCCUUUUAUUUCAACUGUAAAGAUUUUGGAGGAUAAGCCUGACUUAUCAAGAUGGUCAUUGAAGUAUAAAGCUUUCGGGCAGAAUAUUGAAUAUUCAUGGCUUGCUCGAAAUAUGCAGCCUACCCCAAACCAGAAGAUCCACUGGAGAUCUCUGGAGGGCCUUCCUAACAGGGGGGCUGUACGAUUUUUCCCCAAAGGUUCAUCAUCCUGCCUCAUAGAACUAACAGUUUCAUAUGAAGUGCCUCAACUGUUGGUUCCAGUUGCGUCGGCAUUGAAACCACUUCUUGAAAACCUGCUGGAACGAGGGUUGGAACGCUUCGCAAGAUUUGCUAAGAGCUACUCAGCUGACACGCCUAAAUGAUGUAUAAACUAAAUUCAUGCCAGUAAUGGCUCUCUGUCUCUCACUUUUUACGUUGGGGGAAGCACAUAUAAUGCAAAAAGAAUUGUACAAUUAUGGGGGACUUUCAAAGGUGCAAAAGAUGAACUCUGAAUUCUUAGAAAUUGUACCGAAUAUAAAACCAUUGAAAAAUUAACUGUACUUUUGAGGAGACAAA